UAAGCUAUAACAUUUAGUGAAAAAUGGCCUGGGUUUGGGCAGGUAGAUUGCCUGAUGGGAAUAAAAGAACCGGAAGGAAGCAUUUUAAGAGUGAACGCUCCAGAUUAGAAGUACAGGUUCCUGUACCUAGUUCUCCUAGAGAUGGUCCAUAUGGAACAGAUUUUACCCCAUUGUUUGCCUCAAAGAUUGUGGGUGGUAAAUAUGUACCUGUACUUGAAAAACCAUACAGAGUUGCUGGUGGUAUGUAUUCAGCACCAAAACUAGACACAUUAUAUCAGUAUGCUGAUAAACCAAACUAUGUAGAUCCAACACUAUUACGAGAAUAUGCACAGAAAUUUAAUGCAGUUAACAAAUCGUUUAAAGAUGAAGAUCAAACUGGUCCGUCAACAUAUAACAGACGUCCCGAUUCAAAAGAUUUAACUCGUAAAUACCCAACACUCCCUCCCAUCAAUGCUAAUAGGGUGAGAAAUAUGGACAUGUCAACAGUGUUUGAACCAGAGCCAUGGACUAAACGAUUUAGAAAUAAAAAUGGAUUAUUUCCUUCUCAAAAUGGAAGAUUAAGUGAUUUUGAUGACAGAGAUGAAUUCAACAGUCAACCAAAAACUAUUCCAUUGAAAAAAGAACGUUUAUUAUAUGAUCCAAAAGAUAAAGCUGAAAUUAUGAUGUCUCCCCGCUAUGUUCCACCCCCAGUUAACAAAACACCAGAGUUCACUCAACAUAGACAACAGAAAACUCCACCAGGCAACAGAUUUAUUGAUAUAAAGGAAGAAUUAAUUCGUGGUUUACCAAGAGGUGAAUUUUUACCUGAGCGUCCAAUUCGAUUAGAUGAUGAUGAAGAAUGGCAGCUAUUAAAGGUCAUUGGUGAAGAACUUGAGGGAGAAGAUCCAAUGAAAUUACGUCAUGUUUAUAUUCACAUCACUAAAAAUGGUGACAAAUCAAUGAGUGGUUAUUGUCCUUAUAAAUAUCUUGUAUAUGCUUUACAGGAUAUGAAGGUGAAUCUAUCAUCAGAUUCUAUCAGAAUAGUAGCUGGUCAGUUUAUAGAUCCUGACAAAGAACCAGGAAGAGUAAAUUAUGAAAAAUUCUUAUCAUUUAUUGGUACAGCUUUAAAGAACUUUGGAAGAAGUCCGAGAGCAGGGAGAUAUAGUCCAAUAGAUUUUAAGAUGAUUGGUGAAAAACCAGAAUACUAUGAAUCAAGACCAGCUACUCCAAUAACAGAAAGAAUGGAGCAUAUAUUUAAUGAUAGAGAUGUCACUAAGUUAUUACAUAUGACAGAACAACAACUAAAAGCUGAUGAGUAUGAGAUCAAUUUUGAGAGAUUGAUAGCCGAUUUCCAAUAUCAUGAUAGAGAAGUUAGAGAAACUUUAUCUUAUAAUCAGAUAAAAGAUAUAUGUCGAGAUUUCCGUAUACCAUUAACAGAAUCAUUAUUACAACAGAUAUUAAGUCGAUGUCAAGAUCUUAAUAAAGAUGGCCAAUACAAUUGGAUAAAGUUUGUGUAUUUCCUUGAAAGAGUUCAACCAUCUAAAACAGGUCUUUACAUACCUCGUAGUAAGAAACCAUUAGAAUAUGCUAAACAGGUACCACAUCCCACCACAGAAUGGCCAAAAGCUAAAAGUCCACCACCUCAUACCCCAUUAUGGAGAAAAGAAGAGCACCUAAAAAGAAGUCAAGAUAUGAAACCACUGAGUAAUAGUUAUGAUAGAGAGGAACCUACUCAAUACCAGCCUCAACCACCACAAGAAAGACGAGAAGUUAUACCUCACGCAGAAAUAGAUAGAAUGGAUAAAGAACUAAAGGAAUUAGAGAAAAAUUAUGAGGUGAUGAAAAGAAAUAAGAAGGCUGAUAGUAGCUCACCAUGGUUUAAAAGAUUUAUGGAAUUAGCUAAUGCUUUAUAUGGUCAAGAUGUCAACAAUUAUGGCAUAUUACCAUAUGAUGAUGUUUGGAACUGGACCAGGUUACAUAACGAAGCUUGUAAUUUGAAUAUACCUGAUUAUGUCGUCACAAAAGCUCUGAGAGAGUCAGCUCAGAAUGGACAAGUCAAUAUACAUUCUUUUCUUACUCGGCUAGGCAAUAAAGAUUGGGAGUAGGAUCACUAUUAUUUAAACCCUGGGCCCUGUAUUUAAAUAAAAAAAAUAUGAAAAAACAAUCAAUUUCUAUGAAUUUUUCAACUUAGAAUGGAUUGUCUUGAGGAAAAAAAAUUCAAUUAUUGUACAAAUUGAUCAAAUUUGGUCAAGCUUGAAAUCCAUAUCUGCAUUAGGUAUUAGGUAACAUUCAGUUGUGGACUUCAUUAAAAAUAGUUGAACUCAUUUUAUGUUUUCCUUAUUGUGUACUGUAAUAGUUAUAAGAUAGGUCUAGUUGUAGUUCUAGUCAGAUAUAUAAUAUUCCAGACUUGCCACGCUUUCUUAUCAUAUUCUGAAUAAUAAUCAGUCAAUGUCUCAGUCUUUAUAUUGUUUUAGUGCUUUCUAUUUCUAUUGAUAGUUGUUAUUUACGAUUUAAAUAAGAUUCUCUCUGGAUUGUCUUCCACAAGUGAUCCAAAUUCUGUGUUUAUUUGACUGGUUAAACUGGCUAAGACAUUCUUACUAAAACUGUCCUAUUUUCUUAUCUGAAAUUUGUCUAAUUUGUGAAAUUUAUGAAAUAAUUUUUUUACUGUUAUGUUUUUUGGAUAAAAGCAUUAUUUACAAACUUGUUAGAUUUACUUAUCUGUGAUACUUCUUUUAUAUUACUUUUAUAUGUUACUAUUUAUGAUAUAUUAAUCAUGGUAUUAAAAUCUAUUUAUUGCAUGUGUC